GACGACAGAAGGAUGAAUCCAGUAACAGGAAAAAGAAAAAGUGUUGCUACAGCUUGUGACCGUUGCACAGCACAUUGUUUUUGUGCAGUGUAAUUUUCUGCCGAAAUUGUCUUGUUUAAUAAAACGAUGAAAAUAUUAAAAUUAAAAGACUAUUAGGACUAAUCCUAAUUUUUUCGCUCGCUUUGUUGUUGUCUGAACUGUGAAGUUGUCCGUGUUUGCUCACAUCUGUGUUGAUCCCAGUGUAAUGGCAGAGAGAGGAGCACAUUUAACAACAGCGGCUCCAGCUGAAGACAGACCCUCCGUGUUUGAGGUUUUAGCUCAGGACUCGUUGAUGAAUGCUGUUAAACCUGCAUUACUGCAUGCUGUGAAGAUCCUUGCCACGUCUAACCCCGCUCGCUAUGGAGUUCUUUGGAGAAGGUUUGAUGAGAUUUACGCUAUCCUGGACGUGUUAUUGCAGCAUCAUUUCCUCUCCCGCACCAGCGCCUCAUUUUCAGAGAAUUUCUACGGUCUGAAGCGUGCCGGAGAAGACAGCACAGGUGCAGCUCAUCUGGGACUCCGGCGCAGACAGCACUGGCGCUCCCUGUUCCUUCUGGCCCUCCUUCCUUACUUACACACCAAACUGGAAAAAAUCCUGGCUCGACAGAGAGACGAGGAUGAUUUCUCCAUCCGCUUGCCUCAGUCCUUCAUGCAGAAGAUGUACAGGGCUUUUUUGGCUGCGUACCCCUUUGUGUGCAUGGCUUGGGAUGGUUGGGUCUUUUGCCAACAGCUUUUGUAUGUUUUCGGCAAAACACGGACACAUUCUCCGCUCCUGUGGCUGGCAGGGGUUAAACUCUCAUACCUCACGGCUAAUGACAUACGCAGCCUGGAUCUCAAGCCAUCAGGCCCCGCACUGAGCCCCAGUCAAAGCUUCAGAGAGCAAUUUCAGCACUGGGUCUCUGCAGCGGUUGGUGGUGUGGCUGUGUCUCUGUCAACCAGCCUCUCGAUUGGAGUGUUUUUCCUGCAGUUCCUGGAGUGGUGGUAUUCAUCCGAGAACCAGAGCACUGUUAAAUCCUUGACCACCCUUCCAACCCCUCCGCCGCCUCUCCACCUUCACAGCCAGGAGACGUCACCCACACACAUCAAAGUCUGCCCGCUCUGCAGGAAAGUGCGCACCAAUGACACUGCGCUGGCCACUUCGGGCUAUGUGUUUUGUUACAAGUGUAUAUAUGUUUUUGUUAAAGCCAAUCACAGGUGUCCCCUCACUGGCUACCCUUCAGGACUGCAGCACCUCAUUAAAAUAUACGCACCUGAUGGAUAGACUGGUAACAUCUGUUUAGUUUGAUUUCCAAGAUGCAUUAUUAAUGUGGAUCUGUCUGAUUUGACAUAAUUAUUGCACAUCGUUCAGGUGAACAACAGGUAAAGUGUUAAUUGUUAUCCUAAGGAAGCUACUAUAAUUAGUUUUUGUGAUACGGUUAAAAUUAUUUUUUAAUUUGUGAAAUGUGUAAAGAUUACAUUUGUACAGAUAUCAUCAUUGCCGACUCUUGUUUAUAGUUGCAAUGCAAUUAAAUGAAUGGCAGAUCUUUUCUUUCAUAUUGUGACAUUCAAUUGUAAUAAAUGCCUGGGGAAAAAUAAAAACAGAGCUGGGACUGCUGUGCCCCAGUUGUCGAUUGGA